AUGACCAACGCCGGUGCCAUAGAUCCCGCCGCGCACACGGUCGAACUUGCCAGACGUGCGGCCGGCGCCGUGCACUUCGUCCUGAUAUUGACCGGGAGUUUGGUGCUCAUUCAGAGCUUCCACACAUUGAGUUUCUUUCAUCAGCAGGGCCAAUGGGCAUCACUUCGCGACAUGGCGAGGACCUGCUGGCAGUCCUACUUGCUCAUUCUCAAGUUCUUCAUGGCGCCGUUUUUCGAGGCUCGUUUCCUGGACACCUGGCUUACCUCGCAGGUAGACUUCGAUACCUGGGCCGUCUUCGUGCCAGGGAUCAUGUCGCUUUUCCUGUGCUUCACAGCCUCCUUGGGUUUCAGCGUAAUGCGGCGGCCGUGUAUUCCAUCCCGAACGCUGACCUAUGCCCUGUGCGCAGCUGUCCUCCUCGUGUCGCAGGUGGAGGUGGUGCAGGCCCUCGCAGAGUUUAGUACCUGGGAGGAGGUUCCGUUCGCAACAGCCGACGAACAGAAGCUCGAGUUGCAGCGACAGCUUUUCAAGGCAUCCCACGCCUCCUUCGUCUCGAUGCUGGAUUACAACCAGUGCCCAAUGGAUUCUGCUGACAUCGUCAGGUGUACGCUGGAGAAGAGAGUCUUGCCCGUUGUGGUGGCACAGGAGUUCUGCCAGCCACUGGACCUUCCCGGUCAGAGCAGCCGAAAGCGUGUACAGGCGUGCCAAAAAGCUGGCAAGGCCCUGUCGCUUUGGAGUUCUCCUCGGGAAAGGGACGAGCUGUAUUGUCGUUGCUGGUCCGCUACCUUCGAUGCCGCACUCUCCUUGUUGGAAUGGGCAAUGCUCUCUUGGAUCGUUUGUUUGCUGGGGGUGCUCCUGGCCGUCUACAUGUCGAUCCGGCCCAAACUGCUGAGCCAGGGCCCUGCAGCACACAAAGAGGUCUUGGGCUGUGUUGGUCUCAGCGUGGCGGCCAUCAUCUGGAAGGUUGUCGGUGGCGUGGAGGAGUCUCGACUUCUAGGCCCUUCAGAGCUCCGUCUCUGCAGGAGCGGUGGCCUCGUGAAAUCCGACGGAGCUCCGUCCCCUGCAUACAGACAGGCCCCGCGUGCCGAGGAUCCAGCACGCUGGGAUGGGCGCGCGUCGCAGAUCUUUGACUCAGUCGGCCUGACGAUGACCAGUCCAGACAGCCUGGCCUUGCGACCUGGCGACAUGGAUUUUGCAGCGGAUGUCCCGGACAGCGUGGUGGCCGGCGGUGGUGGUGCCCUCUGGGAUGGAAACCAGUGCCAUGACAUCACCUGGGACACGAGCCAGCUGCAAGUGGGCGACCAGGUGCAUGUCUUCCUCAGCGGGGGCGAAUUCCAAGUCCGGCUGAACGGCAGGACCGUAGCGGCGUGCGAGGCCUCUUUGCCGCUGCGCGGGCCGUUCUAUCCCCUGGUGGAGCUGCGAGGCUGCACCAAGGCCGUGGAACUUCUCCGGGAGAGCUCCCUCUGCCUCUCCCUCGAGGAGCCGCGGCCUCUGCCGCAGGCCACGCCGGAGGUCGGUCAGCGGGACGCUUCCGUCCAGCGCCAACCAGGACCUCGCCGGGCACGGAGCGAAACUCCGAGCAGACUGCGUCACAGCCACAGCGCGAGGCUGAAGCCCAAAGUCGACACAGACACUUCGUCGGCCGAGCGGUUGGACCUUGAGCAUGGCCAGCAUGAGGACCCGCGCCUCUGGACCACUGUGCGCGACUGCCUCGCGCGGCCCGAGAACUACGAUCAGGUGUUUCACGCUGUUUGUGCUCUCCUUUGCGAAGCAAGGGCGGAGCGAGAUGGCUUCCAGCAGCGCCUGGGCGAGGCGGAGCGCGCCAACGUCCUCGGGGCUGCUGCGGCGAAGCGCCGCGAGGCGGAGCUCCGGCGCUUGCGCGAAGAGUUGAAGCGUCAGGCCGCUCUUCUCGAGGAGUCCAACAUGGCAUGUCAAACACUUGCGAAGGAGCUGACAACUGCGAAGGACGCGAAGAAUCGAGCGCAGUGCCGCAUAAGGCAGCUGCAGUCCAAGGCUGCAGAUGUGGGUUGGGCUGCUCGUGCUGUCGACACAGCUGCCGCUGCCGACGCAUUGAUCUGUGUAGCUGGCAUUAGCUUCACAGCUCGGAUAGACAUGAUUCCGUUGAGCGCACCGGCUCCAAUCAACGUGGGCACACCGACACCGGAGAUGCUCGAGAAGAUGCGGCGAAUCCGGUUUUGCGUGAUAGGAACCUUCGUGGCCGCUGUAGGGCGAUUCUGCACCGGCGACAUUCCCAUCAACGAAGUGCUCAGCGGGUGUGUUGGGAUCUUCCUCCUCAGUGACGAUCCGAAUGUGGCACCUUGCUAUGCUUGCUUGGCAAAUAGUCCGCUCGGUCAAUGCAGCCACGGGUUAACCUGCGUGAUGGCCUAUGCUUUCCUCUCUGGUAUCAACGCCAUCUUCCUGACUCUGAAGCUCUUCGUGGGGGGCCCAUUCGUGCUCGUCUCCUUCGUUUGCCAAGGUGCUGGGGCCUACCAAGGUCUCAAGCUCCACAACCUGGUGAACGCGAACAUGGUUGAUGGACCCAUGGCCCCUCUUCAGCGAAACUUCCCAGGGCCUGGCGGUCCUGGACCCCCUGAGACUCCGGGGCCCCAGCCGCCAAGCUUUCAAGCUUUCCAGGGCACAGGCAUGCGCCUAGGGGGCUGA